AUGGCUGUCUCUGCGCUGGAUUCAAGAGUCUUCAGAAAUCUAUUCGGCACGGAAGAGAUUCGCAAAAUAUUCACAGACAAAGCAUACGUAAGGCGCCUCGUCGAGACCGAAGCGGCAUUAGCUCGUGCAGAAUCUCAUGUUGGAGUGAUUCCAGCAGAUGCAGGACAAGAGAUCACAACGGCUCUUGAACAUGCACAGAUAGACUUUGAUAGACUGUCAGGGGAGACAGACAUUGUGGGAUAUCCUAUCCUUCCGCUGGUUCAACAACUGGUGGAAACCAUGCCUGCUGAGAUGGCAAAGUACAUCCACUGGGGGGCCACGACACAGGAUAUCAUGGAUAACGCAUCAAUACUGCAAAUCAGAGAAGGCCUUGAGAUUAUCGGCCGUGAGCUAGAUAUGCUGACCAGCGUGCUGGGGAGGCUAUCAUCAGAGUAUCGCGAUACACCAAUGGCAGGACGGACGCAUUUGCAGCAUGCAUUACCAUGUACAUUUGGAUAUAAAUGCGCGGUAUAUCUGUCCGGUGUUCUUCGACACCAAGAGCGUCUCGAGGAGAUCAAGAAACGCUGCCUCCUAGUCCAGUUCGGUGGGGCAGCUGGAACACUUGCAUCGCUUGGAAACCAUGAAGGAAUUCAAGUGCGCAAACAGCUGGCGAAAGAACUGUCUCUACGAGACCCACCUAUAACAUGGCAUGUGGCGCGUGACGGGAUUGCUGAGAUCCUCAAUUUCCUCGGCUUAGUAGGAGGGAGCUUAGGGAAAAUCGCGUACGAUAUUAUCAUCAUGUCCUCGAACGAACUGGGUGAAGUGUCUGAGCCUUUCGUGCCCCAUCGAGGCGCUUCUUCGACGAUGCCCCAGAAGCGAAAUCCCAUAUCCAGCGAAGUUGUUCUCGCUGCGUCCAAACUGCUACGUGCCAACGCAGGGCUUGGGCUUGACGCGAUGGUCGUUGACUUUGAACGAGCGUCUGGUCCGUGGCAUCUGGAGUGGGUGGCUAUCCCGGAGGCAUUCGUAUUGUGUGUCGGAGCGCUGCACCAAAUGAAACUUGCACUGGAUGGGCUUGUAGUCAACACCAAAUCAAUGCAGAGAAAUCUGCACAGCACGCGGGGCCUUAUUGUGGGAGAAGCAGUGAUGAUGGGUCUCGCACCAUUCCUGGGUCGUCAGAAGGCUCAUGACUUGGUAUAUGAGGCGUGCAAGAUGGCGAUUGAGAAUGAUCGCCCGUUGCUGGAUGUAUUGAAGAGCGAUUCCAGUUUGCUGAAAGACUUGCCUGAGGACAAAUUGGCUAGCUUGUGUGACCCGCUUAAUUACCUUGGGGCGAGUCAGAUCAUGGUUGAUGACGUUCUCCUGGAAAAUGUGCGGCUGAGAGCGAGGAAAGAAGGGGAGACCAAUGCUAGUACACUCAGCCAUGACCAGGAGAAUGGCGUUGCCUAA